AUGCGGACGGCGUUGUCGGCGGCGGGGAAGCUGGGGACGAAGAACAGGAGCCUGUUUGCGCAGCAUGCGGUGAGAACGGCGUCGGUCACAAACGUGCGUUUCAUCCAGUCGAAGCCGAGGACGGAGAAACAGGUGCUGGAGCGUUAUAAGGCGAAGCUUGAGGCCCGGGCAAAGCAGCAGGGGCUCGAGAGCGCGGAGAGACUGAUGGAGGAGAUGAAGGACACGAUCGAGCAGACGAAGAAGCAGCUCAACGCCAUCGACCCGCUGAAGGAGCUGGACGACUACGAGCAGGCGGUGAACCUGCGGGACUCGCUGAGCGGGAAGAAGAAGACGCUGGACCCGAUCCAGCCGGGGACGCCGACAAAACCGUACAAGACGCUCGACUCGUAUCUUGUGCUGGAGAAGAUCCGGGAGCUCGACGUGCAGCACAUCGAGUUCUUGUGGAGAGCCAAGUUCCAGGGCGACCCGCAGUCGCUCGUGGCGGUCGUGCCGGGGGACACCUUCGACGUGAUGUACGGGCACGCCCGGGCCAACCCGACGUUUGUGCUCCCGCUCCCGAAGGCAGACGCCCAGCUGGACGAGGCCGACAGGGCUCCCGCGGACGCAGACACCACGCCGAUGGAGGUGCACUUUGUCCAGUGGUCCUUCGUGGGCCCGAAGACCACCCACUGCAUGAUCACGACCUUGAUGGAGUACAAGCUGCACAAGGAGUACGCCAGACCGCACACAACCCUCUCCUUCCACCAGGAGCUGGAGGACGACAAGGGCAUUGUGUUGAUGUCCGGCCACGUCGACAAGGACGCUGCGAUUACGCCCGCCGAGUCCCAGAUCUUGCUGCUCAACUUGCAGAGAUUCUACGGGGCCUUUAGGACCAACUCCGACAUCGAGCACCAGAGAGUCCAGCUCGUGCGGGACUUCAACAGCGGCUCGCCAGGCUUCUCCAUGGAGAAGUGCAUCGAGCUCUCCCAAUCGCUGGAUAACUGA